AUGUCUGUGGAAACAAAUUCAAACAAAACAAUUAAAACCGAACCGAUCGAUGAUUAUCCUCAAGUGAAACAGGAAUUUGAUGAUUAUGAAAAUACACUAGAUUUGUAUAUGGAUGAUGAUAUAUGUCGGCAGCAAUUUCUAAAAUCUGAGGUUACAAUUGACGAGGAAAUCAAACUAGAGACAAUUGACGACCAAGACGAUGUGACUAGUACAAACAAAACUGUAUUAGAUGAAAGUUCUUAUAUAUGUUGUGAAGAGAUCAGUGAAUCAAGUAAUUUAGUAGAUAGCACGAACAAAUCAUUUGAAGAAAUUUCAGGAAAAAGUGAAACAACUAAUAAAUUGAAACUGUAUACAUGUGAAAUAUGCCAUAAAACAUUUACAGCAAAACGUAACUUAAACCAACAUAAAAUUAUACACUCUGGGGAACUGCCUCAUGAGUGCAAAAUAUGCAAUAAAAGAUUUUUACGGUCAAGUACUUUAACACAGCAUUUAUCAGUGCAUACUGAAGAACGACCUUAUGCAUGUGAAAUAUGUAAUAAAACAUUCAGAACAAAACCUAUAUUAAUGCAACAUAAAACAGUUCAUACUGGAGAACGUCCUUAUGUGUGCGAAAUAUGUGUAGAAUCAGAUGUUUCAGGUGCUCAGACAGCAUGA